UUUUAAAAUAAUAUAUAAAUUUAAAUAUGUAAAAAGGCAAAAAGAAUUUGCAUCCUAAAUAAGAAAGGAAAUUAUAACUUAUUUCAAGAAAGAAUAAUUUAUUAGGAUUUGUUGAUGUGUCUCCUCUUCUUCCAUUGAAUCGCUCCUUCCAAAGUGACAACGCAUUUACUAAAUCUGCAGCCAAGCAUACCCCCUUUCUGAAGAGAGAUAUUUACUUGAGGCAAGCAGAAGAAUGGAUACCUACUUCUUGGCUCAUGCACUCAAUUUAAGGUACCUAGCUACUUUUCUAUCUUAGCAGCGUGGAACAAAACAUUUCCACAAAUUCAAUCCUCACCAUCAGACCUCCAUAUAUCAUGCCAUCUCCUCCGAACCUGCAGCUGGACUUGUCCGUCGAUCAAACCCUUUUGUGUAUAAUAUAUACACGGAAAUGAUCAGAAGAAAAGCUAGAAGCAGCAGCAACGACCUCGACUUGGCCACGGUGAAAGCCGCCGCAUGGGCAUGGCAUCAGCAUGGAUCAAACUCCGAUCAGAAGCCCAAUAUCAGUGAAUUUGAUCUCCGGAGAGCUCGCAGAUCAGCUCCGAAACCAUCUCGAUACAAGCUUGAAGCCCUCAAGAAAGCCCGAGAAGCCGUGAAGGGAUCACGCAGUCCAGACGAUUGUGUCAAUAACACUCUUCUUGAUACUUAUGAAAUCCAAAGGAUUUCCCAACAACUAGACCAUCUCAAAAACCAGUCUCAUUUUAAGGUCAACAUUAAAGUUCACGGCGACUCUCUUGCUGAUAAUGAUGGAAGUCUCGUGAAGAUGAUGAUAAAGAUGAAGAAGAAGAAGAAGAAGUUAAUUGAAGGGUUUUGGCCAAUUAGGCAAGCUGUGAGAUGUGGUUCAACGAAUGAUGUCGCGGUGAAUGCAAAUAGAGUUUUUAGGGAUGGGAGAUCAAGGGAGGAGCCAUAUAUAACUUGUGGAGUUGGCCAACUAUUGGCCACGGGGAUUUCAUGUGUUCAACGUGUCUUCAAUUCUUACCACUAAUAAUAUGGGUGGCGGUUCAAACCCAAGCUAGGGUGAUUCUUUUCAUUUGCAUGAGAUUGGAUGUAUAAGAAGUUAGGGUUUGAUCAAAAUGUAUGAUUUUGAUCUCUACUAUUAUCUCUAUCAAUUUUGAUUAAGUUAAAUUUUUCUACCCAUGAAAUCUUGAUAUUUAUUUUGUAAGGUUUGGACAAUUUUCCUUUUU